AUGACCAAUAAUCAAAGCAAUAUCAAUAAUAAUAAUAAUAAUCAACAUAUAAAUGAUUAUAAUAACGAUACUAUAAUUACUUUGGAAUCAGAUUUUAAUAAUUUUUGUAUUUCAGAUUCCCCAACUUGUGAUAAUAAUAAUAAUAAUAAUAAUAAUAAUAAUAAUAAUAAUAAUAAUAAUAAUAAUAAUAUUAUUAAUAAUAUUAAUAAUAAUAUUGAUAAUAAUAUUAAUAAUAAUUGUACAAUAGAAAAUCAAAAUGAUUAUAAUAACGAAAUUGAAAAAAUAAUUGAUGAAAAUAAAAAUAUUGAUAUAAUUCAAUACCAACCAAAAAACUCAAUCAUUGAACAAACAAUAAUAGAUGAUUUUCAUAGAAAGAGUAUAAGAUUAAUAGAUACACAAUUUAUAAAAAAUAAAAACCCUCAUAAAUUUCAACAACAACAAAUUCUAAAUCAACAAAAACAACAAUUUUACCAAAAACAUCAACAACAAUUACAACAACAACAACACCAACAAUUACAACAACAAAAAAACUCUUAUUACAUUGAUGACCCCCACAAUCUCCACAAAAAAAAAUUUAAAAAAAAUGUAGAAUCAUUAUGUGGCCCAAUAAUUUUACAAAACAUUGUAUUAUAUUCAUUUUUUUUAAUUAUUAUCGGUUCAGCUGAGGGCACAUCUUGGGCACCUGAAAUAAGAGUUGCUAAUUUCGUUCCAUAUUGUGUAAUGUGUAUAGUUUUAUUAGAAAUAAAUAGACUUCAUAGAAAACCAUUAUUUAGAAUUAUUUUCCCCCUAUAUACCUCUAAUGUUCCAUUUGCAUAUAUGUGUAUUUUUUCAAGAGAAGCUCAUGUCUUAAUAUCAUUACUAUUUUUUUCCAGUUGUCUAUGUAUAUUUUUACAAAGUGGUAUACCAGAUUUAAGAAAACAUAUUUUAAUAUUUUGUGUAAUAUUUAUGAUCAAUUACGGAUGUUGUAUUUUAUUUAUGGAAUGGUUUUAUAUCGAUACUACAGGAAGACAAGCUUAUAGAGGCCGUGUUUUAAAUCCAAGAAUCCAUUGGGGGGAAGAGGCAACAAUAUUAGUUAGUAUGGCACUUUUAGGUUGUACCUUUAUUGUUUUAGAAAGAUUCAUCAAGUCCUAUGCAAAAUGUGUCGCUGAACAACACUAUCAAAUCCAAUGUUUAGAAAAAGAAAAAGAAAAAUUAGAAAGUGAAAUGAAACAAAUCACAUUAAAAAAAGUUGAUUUAGAUACACCAAUCGAAAAAAUAAUGGAUAUUUUAAGAUCAAUGAUUAAUACAUCGGAAAGUGAAAAUGAUAAAAGACAACUAAUUAAAGUAAUAGCAGUAUUAGGUUCUAACAAACUAUAUGACCCAGAUUUUAAUUUUGAAACAAGUACAGAUGAUGCAGAAGUAUAUAAUUGGUUGCAAUCUAUGUUAAAUAGAGAUGUUUCAAAUACAAACAAUAACGAUAACCAAUAUCCAAUCAAUCUAUGUUUACCAUCUCCACCAUUGACCCCAGUUUUAUAUAAGAAUACCAACAAAUUAAGUUCAAGUGGAAUGAUAUUAAGAAGACUAAACCCAGAGAUUUCGGUUUCAAACCAAGAGGUUCAAAAUUUAAUUGGUAACAACUAUUUAUCUUGGGAUUUCCCUGUAUUUAGACUAUGUGAGAUGACCAAUGGCAAUCCACUAUUCUUCAUGUCGUACUUUUUAUUCUGCCGUCACAAAUUCUUUGAUAAAUAUAACAUCAGUAUGGAUGUUUUCAAGUGCUUCAUGAGAAAAAUCGAAGAAGGAUAUGAUUCAAAUAACCCAUACCACAACUCCACACAUGCAACCGACGUUUUACAAAACCUUAACUUUUUCAUCGAGAAAUCAAUUCGUAGAUAUUUAACCGAAAUUGAAUUUUUUUCAAUGAUAUUAGCCGCAAUAGUCCACGAUUUUAAACAUCCUGGUGUAAACAAUCAUUUCCAAAUCAAUUCAAAAUCAAGAUUAGCUCUCAAAUAUAACGAUCGUUCAAUAUUAGAAAACUAUCAUCUCCAUCAAGCAUUCAAAAUUAUGAAUGAAAAGGAAUCCGGAAUUCUUCAUAGCUUUAGUGAUUCAGUAAGAAAAGAAAUUAGAGAAACAAUCAUUUCAUUAGUACUCUCAACAGAUAUGGCAAACCAUUUCGAUUUGGUUGGUCGUUUCAAAAGCAAGAUUAGUAGUGGAGGUAGUGGUUCAUUUAUUGGAUGUAGCAAAAACGAUAGAUUGUUACUAAUGCAAAUUGCAAUCAAAUGUGCUGAUGUUUCCAAUCCAUCUAAACCUUGGAAUCUAUACACUGAAUGGGCACAAAGAGUAAUGGAAGAAUUUUACAAACAAGGUGAUGAGGAAAGACAAAGAAAUAUGGAUAUCUCUGCCUUUAUGGAUAGAAACAAACCUGCAACCACCAAAUGUCAGGUAAGCUUUAUCAAUUUAUUUGUAGAACCAAUAUAUGAAAUUUGGUCUUCAGUAUUCCCUGAAUUUAAAGGUUGUCAUCAAAAUAUUAUAUCAACAAAACCAGAUGGGAGAUUGAAAAUCCAAUAUUAA